GUAAAAAAGAGUUUCAUUUCUAAAGUUUUAAGCUUUUGUCCCGCUUUUCCUUCGAAUCAUUUACGUUUAUUUACAUAUUCAUGUCAAGCACUGCUGUUUACAAUAAAAAUAUUCUUGAACAGAUAUGGAAUGGAAAGAUACCCGUGCAGAUUACAGUAGACACACGCUCGAUACAGGAGGUGUUAAAUACUAACACUACGAAUGAAGAGUUUGUUUGGAAUCCAAUAUAUCUAGAAGUACCAAGGUGCUCCUAUUUACCUUUGGUCACUGAACACAUUCAGAAGGUCAUCAGCCAGUUAGAACGAACCCACAUCAUAGAUCAAACUCAACUAGACGAUAAGUUCCGAAAUGCCUGGUACGAAUACCUCGGUGUUCCUUUGAAAUGGCAUUAUCCCAUAGGUUUACUACAUGAUUUAUACUGCAACACGCCAACAGAUAUUUGGACUUUGACGCUUCAAUUUGAUAACUUACCAACUGACGAAAUUUUAGAAAAGCCAACUGUCGACAACAUGCGAGAUAUGUAUAUGUCAAUGAUGAAAGAGGCCGACUUUUUAUUACAUGGAUCAACAAAAAAAGUUAUGAACCUCUCCAAAAAGGACUCUAAACAACUGUGGCAAGGAGUAGUUUUAGAUGCAUUUGAGGAUUUUCAUAAUGUGAAUAAGAAUUUAAGAUCCUCUUCAGGUCUAUUGUCUCCAUCAUCUUCACCUGCCAGUAAAAACAUUAGCAAUAAUCGGAUACGAUACGUUCCUUUAAAGAUUUAUUUACCAAAUAACUGUCCCGUGAUCCAAGAAUUGAUAUCAUUUUCAGGUCAUCAAGACGAAUCAGCGUCACCAACAAUACAAGAUAUUCUAAAGCAAGCUAUCCCAGAAUUGACAUUCCCUUUGGAUUCAAAACUGACAAUUAUGUUACAUGGAAUUGAAGUGCCACUAGAUACACCUAUUGUUUGGGCAUAUGAAAAUCUUGCUUAUGCGGAUAACUUCUUGCAUAUGGUAAUAAAAUACAAAUAGCCUUUUGUUCUUUCUGCUUCUUUUUCUUUUCUCUUUUGCGUUCUGAAGCUGAUGGCUUUUUAGCAGCGUUUUGCUCAAGAUGGUUUUCAUCUUUUGUUCCUGCUUGACUGCCACCUUUCUUAUCACCUUCUUGCUUUUGCUUCUCGGCUUC